AUGUAUUUGCAACCUUGCAAUGCAGGUAUUAUUUGGAGUUUUAAAGUAUAUUAUUAUAAACUAUUUUGUAAAAACCAUAUUGCAACUUAUGAAGAAGCAAUUGAAACAGAAAAUUUUAAAUUAGUCAAUCUUACCUUACAAAGAUUACAAGAAUUAAAAGAUACUGAUAUUAUAACAGAAAUUCAGUCUCUAAUUAGUCAGCUUCUAGUAACUAACCCAAUAAAAGCAAAAAAUUUUAUUGAAAUUGAUUAUAGUGUUAAAACAGAUAUAAUGUCUAGUAAUAAUAAAAUUAUUAAUACUAUACUUGAUAGUGACUGCAAUAAAGAUGAUAAAAAUGAAUCUGAAGUUUGUAUUUCUUAUAAGAAAGUUAUUACAAAUAUUAAUAAUAUUUUACUUUUUAUUAAUCAAGAUGAUAGAUUUAAAGUAGAUGAAUUUUUUGUAAAAAAGCUAAAUAGGUUUAAAAAAGAUGUAGUUAGAGAUA